AGGAUGACCCGGGCUCUGGGAGGAUCCCAGGCACCAUGCCUCCCCACCUCAUCUUCAUCCUGGCGGAUGACCAGGGCUAUGGAGACGUGGGCUACCAUGGCUCGGACAUCCACACUCCGGUCCUGGACCAGCUGGCUGGAGAAGGGGUGAAGCUGGAGAACUACUAUGUCCAGCCGAUCUGCUCACCCUCACGCAGCCAGCUUAUGACUGGGCGGUACCAGAUUCACACGGGCCUCCAGCAUUCUAUCAUCCGGGCACGCCAGCCGCUGUGCCUGCCCCCGGAUGCACCCACCCUGGCUGAGCGGCUGCAGGAAGCGGGCUACAGCACCCACAUGGUAGGAAAGUGGCACCUGGGCUUCUGCCGGCCGGGCUGCCUGCCCACGGGCCGCGGCUUCCAGAGCUUCCUGGGCUCCCUGACUGGCAGCGGUGACCACUUCUCCUACCAGAGCUGUGACCAGGCUGAGGCCUGCGGCUUCGACCUGCACGAUGGGGAGAGACCAGCCUGGGAGAUGAGCGGUAACUACUCCACAACGCUCUACAUAGAGAGGGUUAAGAAGAUCCUGAGAGCCCAUGACCCCCAGAAGCCCCUCUUCCUGUACCUGGCCCUCCAGGCAGUCCACACACCCCUCCAGGCACCAGACCACUUUCUGCAACGCUACAGUGCCCUGGAUAACCGCCCGCGACGACUCUACGCAGCCAUGGUGAGCUGUGUUGACGAGGGUGUGGGGGCGCUGGUUCAGGAGCUGAGGACUCGUGGCCUCUACCAGAACUCUGUCCUGGUCUACUCCUCAGACAACGGGGGCCAGCCCCUCUCUGGGGGCUGUAAUUGGCCCCUGCGUGGGGGGAAGGGCACGUACUGGGAGGGGGGAGUACGGGCGGUGGGUUUUGUCCACAGCCCACUCCUGAAGAGGAAAGGAAAGGUGAGCAAGGCACUGAUCCAUGUUUCUGACUGGUACCCAACCCUGCUGUCUCUGGCGGGGGCACCGGAGAAGGACAGAGGCCAGCUGGACGGCCACAAUGUGUGGGGGGCCAUCAGCCAGGGGCUGCCGUGCCCCCGUACCGAGAUCCUGUUCAACAUUGACCCGGUAUCCCGACGGCCUGGGGAGGCAGACUCCAGGACCCUGGCCCUUAACGGCUUUGGCAUCUGGGAUACGGCAUUGCGGGCGGCAAUUCGGGCCGGGGACUGGAAGUUGCUGACGGGAAAUGUGGGUGAUGGGGACUGGGUGCCCCCUCAGACCCUGCCCGGGGGGCCCCAUCAGUGGCAGGGCAUGGAGAAACGUCGAGACCAGAGGGGGAAGUCUGUGUGGCUUUUCAACAUCACCGCUGACCCUUAUGAGAGGUCAGACCUAGCCGAUGCAAGGCCUGAGGUGGUCAAAAUACUGCUGGCCAGGCUGGCCGAGUACAACCAGACGGCCGUGCCGCCCCGAAACCCCCCCGAUGACCACAUGGCGGACCCCCAGCUCCAUGGGGGGGUGUGGACACCAUGGCUGGGUGAGCCAGGCAGCGAGGGGCCAGAGGGCAGCGGGGAGGGAGGGAAAGGGAAGGCAAAGAGUAGUAAAAUGAGGCACUGUAAGGUGUGCAAACUGAAAGCCCUCUUUAAGAAGGUGGGCUCCCGGAUGCAGAGGUCCUCUCUCUUCUUUUAGACCACAGAGGGAGGGAAGGAGCACGUGGAUGUACAGGCAGGACUGACCGGCCUACAUGAGACUGGAUCUUAGUCACUGGCUGUCCCCUGGUCACUAAGUAGGGUGACUUUGUGCAACUGUGAGAUUGAUGUUGAGAGUGAUGUUUUGAUGUCUCAUUUGCCCAUGAACAGAAGGACACGAUCAGAAUGACACUCGGACACCCAGAGAGAUAUUUCUUUCAUUUGUUGUUUUGUUAUUUGUACGUGGUGAUAGAAUGGACCUUCUAGGCUACACACUGCUUAUCAAAUACUUCUCUGUUCCCAAACCAACUCUAAACAACACCUCACUGCAUCAAAAUUCUAAAGUGGGUACUGGCCAGCAUAAGCUAAGCCAGAGAUA